CCUACAACGACUUCUAUGGAGCUCGGGAUUACCCUGUUGUGAAGUACUUGCGAAGACCCUUGUAUUUUGAGGUAGAGCUCCUGUACAGCAGGGAUCCACAGGCUGAAUUGUUUUUGGAGAACUGCUGGGCAACCUAUUCUGCUGACAGGAAUAGCUCUCCCAAGUGGGAUGUUGUUGUGGACAGCUGUGAGAACUCUGCAGAUGAGUACUUGACCAUCUUUCACCCAGUCUCCAGCAAUGCAAGAGUGCUGUUCCCUUCCCAUCUGAAGAGGUUUGAAGUGAAAAUGUUUUCCUUCACAAGCGGCCGGGAUGCACUGAAAGGACAGAUCUACUUCCACUGCAGUGUUGUGAUAUGUGAUUCAAACCGGCCAUCUGACAGCCUCUGUAGCAGACGGUGCAUUCCAGGGAAACAGAGGCUUGGUCGCAGUGCUGAAGGGAUGGAUGGUGGUGCAGUAAAGGCGUUUGUGUCUUCUGGCCCAAUUGAGCUGAAGAGAGAUGGAUCCCUUCACUUUAUGCCUAGAAGCGGCCAAUUCAAUGUGUGGUCCCUUCUGGGAGCUGCAAUGGGUGUGUGUUCAGUGGUUGUCUUUGUAGCUGGAGUUGUAUAUUUUUGGAAAAUGCCCAAAAGUGUGUGUUCAUAAAUAAAAAUCUUGCUUGU